AAGCACUCUAGCAGUGUCUUCUUAUUCUCUUACGCACAAAAGAUGGGUUUCCGUUUACCUGGAAUCAGAAGGGCUUCAUUUUCUACAAAAAUGGCUUCUUCAAAGUCGGGUGAAGUACCAAAGGGAUAUCUCGCUGUUUAUGUUGGAGAGGAAGUGAAGAGGUUCGUGAUCCCUAUAUCUUACUUGAAUCAACCUUUAUUUCAAGAGUUGUUAAGCCAAGCUGAGGAAGAGUUUGGAUAUGAUCAUCCAAUGGGCGCUCUCACUAUUCCUUGCAGAGAAGAUGUAUUUAUUACUGUCGCUUCUUCCUUGGAUAGGUGCUAGCUGACAGAGACAAGAUUAACGUAGAUUAGAAAGCACAAUUUUGUAAUUGGAUCAUUUUAGAUCCGACUGCUAUGUAAAGAUUUUUGUUAUUCUUUUUCUUCCCCAAGCUACCGGGGAAGUGCAAAGUUAUCUAUCUCAUUGACAAAUCGAAGAAUAGAAAUUCUCACGUUAUCUCAA